AAUGCGCACGCGCACUACGUCAAGUUUAACGCGGGACCUCUGAGGGAAGAAUCCUGCAGAUCUGUAUACGGCUGUUGUAUCAGCUCCACACUGUGAAUAACAGCUUAUAUAACAUUUUAUUAACUUAAAGACAAAGUGUCAACAUGUGGAAUCAGGGUGGUUACAGUGAGUCCAGUAUGGUCGGAGGUUACACUCAGUCUCCAGGAGGUUUUGCAUCACCUGCCUUAUCCCAGGGGGGAGAGAAGAAAGGGAGAACCCGUGCUUCACAAAUAGUCCCCUGCACAGUGUCCCAGCUGAUGUCUGCUUCCCAGGCAGAUGAGUCCUUCAAAGUAGGAGAUGUAGAAGUUGCCCAGGUUACAAUUGUGGGUGUCAUCAGAAGCACAGAUAAAUCUAUGACCAACAUCCAGUACAAGGUUGACGACAUGACGGGUGCACCCAUGGACGUGAAGCAGUGGGUAGACACAGAGGACCCGAGUGUAGACAGCACUGUCCUGCCUCCUGGCACAUAUGUCAAAGUCUCUGGAAAUCUACGCUCUUUUCAGAAUCACAGAUCUCUCGUGGCAUUCAGCGUCAGGCCGCUAGAGGACAUGAAUGAAAUUACAUCACAUAUGCUGGAGGUUGUCCAAGCACACAUGGUGCUCAGUAAACCUCAAACCAUGUCAGGAGCCGGAGGGGGAAUGAAUGUCAAUGUCAUGUCACGACCAGGCAUGGGGAACAUGGGAGGCAGCUACUCUGGUGCUGCUGACAUGGCUAACAAUGGUUUAAGUGCAAACCAGAACCAGGUGCUUAGAUUGAUAAGAAGCUGCCCAGACCCACAGGGCAUCAGCAUUCAGGACCUAAAGCAAAGACUCAGUGGCAUGAGCUUGGCCGUCAUCAAGCAGGCGGUGGAAUUCCUGAGCAAUGAGGGGCACAUUUUUUCCACCAUUGAUGAAGAUCAUUUCAAAUCAACAGACAAUGAUGACUAGACAUCUUAACAGCUCAGCAGUAGCAGCUGUAAGAUGACUUAUUCAGUUUGUGAAUAAGAAAUAAUAUUCCUGUGUUCUUGUUCUAAUGUUCUGUUAAGGUCCUGCAGCUGGUUCUAGAUAAUAUGAUACAAUACAGCUAUUGCCAUGGUAUCUUUCUUUGUUUGCCUGUUCGUUUAAAGCAUUUUGAAAUAUUAAAGAUUUGGUACAUUUCA